UGCGUCUCGACCCAGUGCGCCACGUCACGCGUCUUGGUGUUCACAGACGCGUCUGCUCGGCUGGGGAGGUGCGUGUCUGUCACAGGCUGUGGGAGGACGGUGGGAUCACACCCCGUCUCUCCACAUCAACUGCCUGGAACUAGCCACGGUGCUAAAGGUGGUGAAACACUUCACACUGUGGCUGAGGGGGAAACACGUCAUGGUGUGCUCGGACAGCACAACAGCCAUCACAUACAUAAACCGGCAAGGCGGUGUUCGCUCUGCCCGGCUGCUGGAAAUUGCACGGGAACUUCUAUUCUGGGCUCAUCAAAACCUGCUCUCCAUCAGAGCCGUGCAUGUCCCUGGCGAGCAGUACUGCGCCGUGGACCUCAUGUCACGGGGUGGACCCCAGCCCAGCGAGUGGAGGCUGAACCCGGCCCUAGCUCAGACACUGUGGGACAGGUUCGGCCAAGCGGUGGCAGACCUGUUUGCAGCACACGGGAAUGUGCAGUGCCACCUCUGGUUCUCACUGUACACUGGGGACGACCCGCUUCUAGGGGUGGAUGCUUUUGCUCACCACCCCUGGCCGAGGGGUCUCCUCUACGCGUUCCCCCCAGUCUCAUUAAUCCCAUGGCUCCUUUCACAUGUGCAAGACGAGCGGCUGUGCGUCCUCCUGAUAGCUCCGGAGCGCACAAGUGCAGCUUGGUUUUCGACCAUGGUUCAGUUGCUGGCGGGGGAUCCCUGGCAACUCCCCUGGCAGGGAGACGCACUCUUUCAGCUGGACGGCGAGAUCCAGCAGUUCCCCAUGAUAGGUCAGCGGCUGUGGGCCUGGCCCCUGAACGGGAACGACUGGAGAGCAUAGGAUUGCCUCCAGCGGUGGUGCACACUAUUCAGUACGCCAGCGCUCAGUCAACAACGGCGUAUGCCGCCGCCAUCUCAUCAUGCCAUGAAGGUUAAAGGUGAAAGAACCGUAUUUGCACACACCCACUGGUAAAAUGUUUUCCCAGGGGUGUGUGCAGACUGAGACCUGUGAUGCGCACAAUGGUGCCACAGUGGAAUCUGCCUCUGGCUUUAUGCGCGCUCAGCGAGCCUCCUUUUGAGCCCAUGGCACACAACUCUCUCAAACAUCUCUCCCUGAAAACAGCGAUCCUCCUAGCCAUGACUUCACUAAGCGUGUGGGUGAUCUGUGUGCACUG